AUGAUGAACAUGAUGAACAUGAUGAACAUGAGGAGGGAAACGAAAUUUAUUCUGAAGCUGCGGAGGAGCAUGGGGCACUGCCCAUCCGUCAUAACAAAUGGGAGAGACAAGUGGACAACCCGUUCGGGAAUGACGAACCGUCACGUCCUGACAAGUAAAAGGCACCUAAGCAUCCACGAAUAUCUGUCAAUAGAUCUGUUGCGGAAGAAUAUGAUCCCAUGUGCACAAGGGUAUGCAGCGAAAACUCCAGAGGAAGCAGAGGAAAAGGCACUGGAGCUGCAAAGCCUUUGUGGGGACGUGGACCUAGUGAUCAAAGCACAGAUACUGAGUGGAGGAAGAGGAGUAGGGUAUUUUAAGGAGAACAAUUUCGAAGGAGGUGUUCACAUUUGUCGUAACAGUACAGAGGUUAAGGAAAUAGCGUCGAAAAUGUUAAAUAACACAUUGGUGACCAAGCAGACAGGAGAAGAUGGAAAGAAGUGCAACACUGUUUUUAUAUGUGAGCGUUUUUACAUAAGGAAGGAAAGGUAUGUUGCUUUUCUAUUGGACCGAAGUUCCGAUGGGAUACUCCUCCUAGGAUCAUCCAUGGGAGGUUCCUCUAUUGAAGAAAUUAGUAAAAAGAAUCCAGAGGCAAUACAUAAAAUGAGCAUAGAUGUACAGAACGGGUUCAGUCAUGGUCAGUCACGUGAAUUUUGUGAAAAAAUUGGGUUCAAAAAUACCGAGUUGGAUAUCGCCACAGAUGUAAUAGCGAAUUUGUACAAAAUAUUUAAGAGAUACGAUUGUACCUUGUUGGAGAUAAAUCCCUUCUCCGAGACGAACGACGGAAGAGUCCUCUGCUGUGACGCCAAACUGAAUUUUGACGACAACGCGGAAUACCGACAGAAGGAGAUAUUUCAGCAGAGAGAUCUUUCCCAAGAAAAUGCGGAAGAAAUAGAGGCGAAGAAAUUUAAUUUAAAUUAUGUUUCCCUGGAUGGGAACAUUGCUUGCAUGGUGAACGGGGCAGGCCUAGCCAUGGCUACCUUAGACCUUAUCGUACUACAUAACGGUUCCCCUUCGAACUUUUUGGAUGUUGGUGGAGGGGCCACGGAGGAUGAAAUUACAGAGGCCUUAAGAAUUAUAAACAAAAAUGCCAAGGCCAAGGUAUGCUUUAUUAAUAUCCUGGGGGGAAUCAUGCGGUGUGACAUUAUUGCCAGGGGCAUUAUUAAGGCAUUUAAGGAUACAGGUUUUGCCAAGCCGCUUAUUGUUAGGCUGGAGGGAACAAACCAGGAUGAGGCAGAAGAGCUGCUCCGUCAGUCGGGCAUUAAGUGCAUUUUCUGCCAGGACAUGAACCUCGCUGCGAAGAAGAGCGUGGCCAUGGCGAGCAUUAUUGAGGCCGCCGGGCACGCCGACGUGCAGGUCGCCUUCACGUGA